AUGUGCGACCCUAGCACCCACGGAAUUUCGCAGGAGCUGCGGAAUGAAUUUAUAAACCAGCAGUUUACUUCGGACUUUGAUCAGAAUGGAUGUGAUGUUACUAUUUUGGCGGUCGACGGGGAGACUAUUUAUAGCCACGGGAUGAUUCUUUCCUGCCAAAGCCCGAUCUUUCGCCGUACAGUAAAGAAAGAGUCGAAGGUCAAGUGUCGCUGGCACUCGCAGGUCGUCAAGUCCCUUCUUUCCUACAUGUACGGAAUGCCCUGUCAGCUCGACAGUCCCAACUCGAUCGUAGAGCUCUUAUUAUGUGCGACUUAUUACCAGAUCGAGUGGCUUUGCGAAAAACUCACCUGUAUGCUUAAAAGUGAUCUAUCAGCAAAUAAGACGCCUGUGCAAGAUGAGGAGAAUCUCGCUCUAUCUUACAAGCUCUGUUUAUUGCUGCAAGAUAUGGACGUUGAAACUCGAGCUCCGUAUGACCCGCUUGUCGGGCCCCUUUUCGAGUUUUGCUGCGAGAAAAUUAAGACAGCUGCUUCGUGCUCCAAUUUUCCUGACAAGAUAAAUAUUUCGGAAUCGAUAGACACUAUCAUGGAAACGCAAUGGCCAAAAGGACCGAUUUCAGCUGAGGGCGAACCAUUGCAACUUCUGUUGAGCUUCUUUCCUGCUCUGUGUCCGAUCAACACUGGUUUGGACGACAUCAAAGUUGAAAUGAUUCCUCGAGAUGGAAUUCGCCAGAUGCUCCGUUUUCAAAUCUUCGGGCGUAUCCAUUCAGUUCAAGAAAUGAUGCUCAUUGCUGUGAAAAAUGCUCAACGAGAGUUUCCUUCUGUCAUUUACUUUCGCGAAGAGGCAGCUCAGUUGAUCAAAAUUGGCGAUAAAGUUAUUCAAGAAGAUAACACUCCUGAAAAGUAUUUCCAUUCUCGUCACGCAGGAAUCGGUCAAGUCAGCGAUUUCUGUGGCCCAAAAUCAGCUGGCAUCGGCUGCGGCGGUUGCAAAAAGCACGUCUACGUCGACUGGGGCGAUCAAAAGUGCUGGUGUCGAAUGGGCUACGAAAACCUUUACGAACUCAAACUGCUACGCUGA